UGGGCAUGAGGUCCAUCCAAGUAUGACUAAAUAAUUGCAUUCGUAUAUCGUCGGAGAGUGCUCGGCAGUUAGGAUCAACGGCGGGCGUCGUCAGCCAGCUCAACGCCCAUUGAUCAACAUGUAUUUAAGAGGGCACAUCUGCUCGCUUUCCAUCUGGUGAUCAAUUGGUGAUAAGAAACUUUCUACUUCCCAUAGAAAUUCAUCUAGUUUGCUUACUAUGCAUUGGGCAGUCCUUGCAGCCUUUGUGGGCGCAACCCACGCUUACCAAAGACCAUACAACCCUAUUCACGAUGUCCUGCGCCCUAGGGAGCCUGGUUCCACGGCGCCUGGUCUCGGCAAGCUUGAAUACUUUGAUCAGCUCAUCGACCACGCCAACCCGUCUCUGGGAACCUUUAAACAGCGCUACUGGUGGAACAGUGACCACUACGCCGGCCCGCACUCCCCCAUUGUGCUCGAAUCACCCAGCGAAUCCGCUAUUGGUGUUGACGGCGAUCUAGACGGCUUAAACAACCGUACAUUGCCUGGCCUUCUGGCUCAGGAUAACCAGGGCGCGCAAAUCACCAUUGAACAUCGCUACUUCGGCCCCAGCUCGCCCUACCAGAACCUUGACACCGAGACAUUUCAGUAUUUGACUCUGGACAACUCCAUUCAGGACCUCAUCUACUUUGCCAAGAACGUCGUUCUUCCAUUCGAUAAGACUAAUGGCACUGCAACCAAGCCGGACCAGGCACCAUGGUUGUUGGCAGGAUGCUCAUACUCUGGAGCCCUCGCUGCAUGGACAGAGGCCCUAGCACCAGGCACGUUUUGGGCAUAUGAGGCAGGCAGUGCCGUCGUCGAGACACAGGAGCAGUUCUGGGACUACUUUGCGCCUAUCAAGAACGCCAUGCCCCAAAACUGCACUACUGAUUUCCAGCGUGUCGUCAAGCACGUUGAUGACGUCCUGCUGCACGGCUCUGACAGCGAUAAAAAGGCGCUCAAGCAAAAGUUUGGCGCAAGCCAAGCAAGUGACAAGGACUUUGGUAGCUUCAUCUCGAACUGGCUCACGGUUCAGCAAGGCCAACAGGUCUCUGACAAGACCAGCACUCUACACUAUCUUUGCGAUUUUGUCGAGAACCAACGCCCAAAGCAGCUUGUACCUCUUCCCGGUCCUGAUGGCGUGGGUCUCGACCGAGCACUUGAUGGUCUUGCUAGAAUCUACACUCAAAACAAAGAUGAACUGAAGAGCCUGUUGAACGUUGGCAAUGAUAUUAAUGUCGACUUCAAAUCCUUGGCUUUCCAAAACACCCGCGACGCUGAAUCAGUCGAUCCUUGGUUCUGGUUCCUCUGCAAUGAGCCUUUUGAGUGGUGGCAAGCUUGGAGUCGAUUCGAUACUACCGGCUUCCUGUCUAGCCUUUGGUCCUGGAAGGACGAUAUCCAAGAGAUUUGCGUCAACAGCUUCCCCGACAAGAACGGACACCAGUAUGGUCUCAAGGCUGGACGUACUUACCAUACCGUAAACAAGCACACCGGCGGCUGGCGCCACGUCAACACGACUCGUCUGGUCUGGAUCAAUGGUGAGUUUGACCCUUGGAGAGGCGCUACUGUGUCUUGGGAAGGCCGCCCCGGAGGCGCUCUGCAAAGCACAGAUGAGGUUCCUGUCUACGUCAUCAAGAAUGCCGGACAUUGCAACGACUACUUUUCGGCCAAUGGUGCUACUCCGGAAGGCAAGGCCGCUUUUGAUGGCACCUUGGGAUACUUCCGCAAGUGGGUGGCCGAGUUUUACAAGGAGCACCCCCAUGCGGCCCAGUAAAUACACAGCCUUUGGCUGCAGUUUUAUCAAAUGUGAACAGACUUGUACAUAGUUGGCUUUAUAUAUUCAAUUUCUCAAAUAAACAUGUCGGUAGCACAACCAAUUCUUCUCUAAUGUAAACCUCCGUCCCCAUCCUCUCGACAUGUUGCCAAUUUACGUUGCGCGCUACACUGGAAUCAUGGCUACCUUGACUCCAGUGUCGAUGGACAGCGUGAGUCCAAUCUUCUCCGUCCAGGGUAACUCAUCUCGAUUUUCAACUUUGCCAAACUCCUGGACCAUUCUCACAAUAGUGUAACUAGCUUCAACGAGGGCAAACUGCUGCCCUACGCAAAUACGAGGUCCCCCGUUGAAUGGAAGAUAUGCCCAACCAGGUUUCAGUCCUUCCUCAGCAUUCCACCGCUCUGGUCGGAACUCAGUUGCGUCAGGACCGUAAAUAUCCGGGCGAAUAUGCAUCGCAGAUACACUAUAGUUGACAAUUCCACCUUUGGGGAUAUAUAUAGGUGAGAGCCCAUCGGGUCCGCCGCCAUGAGGCAGAGUAGUGUCCUUGUUGGCGAACCGGGCAUUACCAGGAACGACGGGAUAAAGGCGGAGAGACUCUCGCAGAAGGUUCUUCAAAUAUCCCAUGGAUUUGAUAUCUUCGUAGGUAGGAAUCUUCCCAUCCAAGUCGCUCACCUCUGUGACAAGUUUCUUGUACAAGUCCGGCCGACGAGACAAGACAUGAAAUGUAUGACUUAGAAGACUGGCGGUCGUGUCUCUCCCGGCCACAAGGAUAUUGAGUAGUUCAUCUCUAAGCUGCUUUUUGUCCUGUGUGAGCCUGAUCAGCUCCUCAAGAAAGAUAUACCUCUCUUGUGUGUCAAAUGUCGCCGUCUUUUCCAGAUCUGCCGGUGUCUUCUUGGCCAGCUCGUUGUCAAUGAUGCGAUCGACAAAUUCAUGGACAAAUUUACAAGCUUUGGUAAACUCCGAGUCAACAAACAAGGACGUGAGUUUGUCAAUCCAACCUUGGCGGCCCAAAUUUGCCUGGGCAUAGUCAAACGCGGCUCCAAACCGAUGCUGAGGAGACCCUUCUGUGCUCCCAAGAGAGUUGACAGACUCGCCAAAUAAAAACUCGGUGGCCGCGUCGAGCGUGAACUGAAAGAAGAGUGGCUGAAGAUCAAUGGUGGAGCCAUCGCGCGGGAUUUUGGAGAUGAGAUGCUUCACAUGGGUCUCAAAGAUUUCGAGAUCUGCUACUUGGCUGCGAGUGAAGCUUGGUCGGAUAAGCGC